AUGGAAGUGAUUUCGACAGGGGCUUCAAGACUUUUUUUAACUUCUCCUGUGGAAAAUAAAGAUGAUUUAGAAGAGAAACUCGAACGAAGUUACCAAUUUCUUCAAAGCACAAUAGGUGGACUAAGUGAUAAGGAUGCACACGAGGCACUCAACAAAGCCCUCCUCAAAGAGAAAGGGUAUGAAGAAGUGUCAUUUGGACUUUUGGUAACAAUUUUAACUGAACCAUCUAAUGCAACAAAAAGUUAUAGGGACUUAACAUUGAUAACCCGCGACGGGUUUGGACUUAUAGUAACAAAUUUAUCACAGUUAGUGUUGGACAGAUACUUAAGAUUUAAUGAUGUGGUGAAAUCUCAGUUGAUAUGGCUCCUUCGAGAAAUGAUAAAAAAUGCUGUGAGCAAUGUUGAUAACCUGGUGUGGAACCUCAUGCGACAUGCUGCAGGUGGUGAUAUAUCUCCAAAAAAUAUUACGCUUAUUGAAUCCCUUCUAGAUGUUUUUAUUGAAUACAGGAAUUGGUUGGAAAAAUUUCCACUUCUAAUAGCAUCUGUAGUGUAUACAUAUUUAAGGAUAAUUGAAGAUCACAAUGCGCCUUACCUAGCAAAUCUGAGACAGAAGGAAGUGAAUUUUUUAAUUGGUGUAAUGCGUGAUCAUUUCCAUGAGUGUUUAGUUAUUGGAAGGGACUUGGUGAGACUUUUGCAAAAUGUGGCAAGGAUACCAGAAUUUGAACAGCUCUGGAAAGAUAUUCUUCUAUCACCAAAGACACUAUCUCCUACAUUCAGUGGUGUGCUGCAGUUACUGCAGAACAGAACUUCACGCCGAUUUUUGCAAUCCAGGCUAACGCCUGAAAUGGAGAGGAAACUUGUGUUCCUAACCUCACAAGUGAGGUUUGGAAACCACAAACGUUACCAAGACUGGUUCCAGCGCCAAUAUUUGGCCACACCAGAAUCCCAAAGUCUCAGAUGUGAUAUCAUACGCUUCAUAGUUGGAGUUAUUCACCCCACAAAUGAACUGUUGUGCUCUGACAUAAUUCCCCGUUGGGCAGUGAUAGGUUGGCUGUUGACCACUUGUACUUCUAGUGUGGCAGUGUCGAAUGCAAAGUUGGCGCUGUUUUAUGACUGGCUUUUUUUCGAUAGUGAGAAAGACAACAUAAUGAACAUAGAACCAGCUAUUUUAGUCAUGCACCAUUCCAUGAGAUCGCAUCCAGCAGUUUCAGCCACACUACUGGACUUCCUCUGUAGAAUCAUAACGAAUUUUUAUCCUCCCUUAGGCGAAAAAGUUCGCGCGGGAAUUUUCACCUCCCUGAGACAAAUUCUGGAUAAGAGGGUGUUGCCUUCUCUGUUGCCCCUUUUUGACAAUUCAAAAUUAGACAGGGAGUUGAGGAAUAUGGUCCAGGAAACUUUCAGGGAGUUUUGCAGCACCAACAAUUCAGAGUCAUCUUCCAAAGACAGUUUUAGUGUCCCAAACUCCGUGAAAUAUGAUGAUGCUGACUCUGUCGAACAGCGAAUGACAGCAGCUUUGAACAAUCACAUCAUAGACAAUGAACCGGCUUUCAGUGAUGACGAAGAUGACACCUCAAUGAGGAUUACCACCAACCUGGAGUAUGACACAGAUGACGAUGACAUUCCUCUGUCCAAAGUGCAGUUGAAGGAAAAAAGUGACAAGUUGGAUGACAGCCUGAAAUGGAUACAUGGAUGGAACACCCUGACAAAACUACAAACAGAAACAGAUUCAGAAGAAAGGGUGGAUUUGAUGCUGAUGUUGAUAGAUCUGCUCAAGGAAUUGGAGGAGGAUGACGAGAACAUACCGGGAAUAGCAAAGUCUUUGGCUAGCUGUUUUAAAGAGGACAUGAAGGGGGAAGUUUUCCCUGAAAUGGUGACAGAAGAGAAUCUCAUGGAGAGCAUCAACUCCCCACUGUUCACCCUGUUCAAAACCCUGUAUGAAUUCAACAAGGACGAGUUUGGCAAAGAUAUCUUGUACAAAAUAGCAGCAGAGAUACAUAAUGAGAUGCCCAGCAUGGGGUAUCUCCUCCUCUACUACCUCAAAGUGAAAAUAUGGACGGAAAUCAAGAAAGAAGACCACUCUGUCACCAGCGCGCUGAGGAUCGGCGUUUACAAGGAUCUCUGCCAGAGCAGGGAAAGGAAGUUAGACAUCUGUAUUUAUGAUGAUUUAUUUGCUUGUCACAUCGGCGAUACCAAAUUGAUGAUGUGGAUAGUGCCUGAUCUGUACAGGGAUUUCAAACAACAAACGCUGAACAACGCUCAAAUUUUGCGGGUGAUCAUAUCGGCGAUAGAUUUCAGGCAGUUGCAAACUUUGGUGGGGAAAGUUUUGCAGGGCCACCUUGUCAUGUUCAAGGCGGAAAACAUCAUUCCCCUGUUGAAAAACACUCUGACGUGGGAGAGCAUAGAACAGUUUUUCUUGUGGCAGCUGGUCAAUGCCCAUGAUAUAUCCAUAGACUGUGUUUUACCUUUAAUUACCGAGCUUGAUUAUGACCAACAUUCAGAAGCCCUGAUGGCCAUUACACUGAUGCUCAAGCAGGAGAAGCCUAACGCGGAUUACAUAAAAUACUUGUUUUCCAGGGAUAUUUGUGAUAAUGGGGACUUAUUCGUUUUCACAAUAAUUAAAUAUUGGUGUGAUGAGUACAUAGACAAAGUAGCUGAGUUGAUAUCUUCGCUUUUGAGUACGCGGUACCCUUCAACUUCGCCGAACAAACGGAAAAGGUCCAGUAGCAGUAAAACAUUGAGCGCCACUGUGCCCAGUGCCGACCAGGUUUUAGGACAUUUGGAAAAACUGAGGAUUAUCUGUGAAAAGCACGACUGUAUGGCCAUUUACACGUUGGAUUCGAUGCAGCGGGCGUUAAGUAUCGCGCAUAAUAAUAGUAAUGAUAGUCAGAGGAAACAGUUCAGUGAGUUGUUUGCUUUGAUGGAGGAGGAGGAGGAGAUCAGCUCUACCAAGAGGUCCCAGGGGAGAGGGAGGAAGCCAGCCAAUAAGAACGCCGUCGUGGCCAAGAGGCAGACUAGAGAUAUAUCAGAUUCUUCUGAAGAAAGUAGUGAGGAGGAAGAAAUCGUGAAGCCCAAGCAAGCGAAAAAGCGGAAAAAAGUGAUGUCGGACAGCGAUUGA